UAUAAUUGUGCUUCUACAAAAAAUCACAGUUUGGCUGCUUUAAUGAAACAGCCCUCACACAUAAAACGAUAAGCGAUAUGAAAAAGUAUCGAUUAGCUGAAAUACGAUAUUCACAUAUUGUCAUAAGUACAUCACUUGCAUUGACAAACAAAUUUGAAAGUGUUAAACAAUUAGAUUAGUUUAGUGACAUUAAGAUGAUAUUACGCCCAUUGCAUAGGGCUCUUUUGCCGCGCUCUGCAGGCGAUGGGAUGUGCUUUAUGCUUAUUGCAGCUGGGGUACCGCUAACUUACAUAUUUCAAGUGACAGUUAUUAUGCCCGAACUGCACAACGUAGGUAGUUUUUGGUAUACAAUAAUUUGGCUCGCCGGCAUUUUUUUGGUUUUCAAUAUAACGUCCAAUUUGUUGGCCUGUAUGCUGGUGGAUACCUCCAUUAAAAUGCAUAUAUUGAAGCCCCCAUUGGAGCCGCAGCUGCUCAGCCGUUGGCAUAUGUGCGACAGAUGCCAGGCGCUGGUACCUCCACGUUCGUGGCACUGCGAGACCUGCGACGUGUGCGUGCUCAAGCGGAAUCAUCAUUGCCGCUUCACCUGCUGCUGUAUUGGACACCACAAUUAUCGUUAUUUCUUCUAUUUUUUGUUCUACAUGGGACUGGGAGCUCUUUACGUUACAAUCAAUGCCAGCAUAUAUCUGUGGUAUCUCCAUGCCGACUUCUAUUGGCGCCCUUACACAUUAGUGACCAUCCUUGUACCUGCUAUUAGUCUGACUGUACAUGCCAGUUGGGAGAACUUUUAUGUUGUAAUCUAUGAGCUGAACAUUUUGGCAUUCCUCAUGUCCGUGCUGAUGCUCAUUUAUCAUCGGCCCAUCUUACAGCGUGGCACCGUAGUAAAGGAUCGAUUAAGCAACGCAUACAAUCUAGGCCUUCGAGGUAAUAUGGAAAUGGUGCUGGGCAAACGGAUGUAUUGGACCUGGCUGUCGCCUUUUGUGCGCAGUGAACUGCCGCAUGAUGGAGUUAACUGGCUGCCCUUGACGAAAGAGGAAUGAAUCUAAAUCUGCUUUAGAGGCUAGUCUUAUAUUCCUAAGUAAUCUCACAACCUAGCACAAAUAUGUCGAAUUUUAGUAUUACAUAAUGCAUUCCUUGCAUUUAUUUAACAUUUUAUAUUUAUUGCAAAUUACAAAAACGAAUUUAAUGACUA